AUGUCCAAGCAAAUUCCGAUCAAGUUCCAAGAGCAUGUUGUGCUCACAAAUGUUGGCAUCAAUGCCGCCAAUAUCGGUUUCGCCACGUUAUCAAUGCAGUCGGAUAAAUUCAUCUGUGUCCGAGAGAAAGUUGGCGACACCUCCCAAGUGGUCAUCAUCGAUAUGGCAAAUCCAAAUAGUCCAAUUCGUCGACCCAUUUCUGCCGAAUCGGCUAUUAUGAAUCCCGCUUCAAAGGUUAUUGCUUUAAGAGCUGGCAAAACUUUACAGAUUUUCAAUUUCGAUAUGAAAAGUCGUAUGAAAGCUCAUACCAUGAAUGAAGAUGUCAUCUUUUGGAAUUGGAUCUCUGUGAAUACUGUAGCAUUGGUAACCCAAACUUCAGUCUAUCAUUGGUCUAUGGAAGGCGAUUCCUUACCCGAGAAGAUGUUUGAUCGACACGCUAGUUUAAGCGGUUACCAGAUUAUCAAUUACCGCGUUGAUCCGACGAUGCAGUGGUUACUUUUAGUUGGAAUUGCAGCGCAGCAAAAUCGUGUAGCUGGAGCCAUGCAGUUAUACUCUACUGAAAGAAAAGUUAGUCAACCUAUUGAAGGACAUGCUGCUGCCUUUACUAGUAUGAAAGUCGGUGAAAAUCCAAAUCCAUCAACCCUUUUCUCAUUUGCUACCCGUAACCCAAAUAUACAUACUGGAAAGCUUCAUAUUAUUGAAGUUGGCUCUGCACCCCAAGGUAAUCAACCAUUCACUAAGAAAGCUGUUGACAUCUAUUUCCCACCUGAAGCUGUGAACGAUUUCCCUGUUGCCAUGCAAAUAAGUGAAAAGCACGGAUUAAUUUUCGUCAUCACAAAGUAUGGUUAUGUUCACAUGUAUGACGCGGAAACAGGAGUUUGUAUCUACAUGAACAGAAUUAGUAGCGAUACUAUAUUUGUAACAGCUCCACAUGAGGGUAGUGGGGGUAUCAUUGGUGUUAAUCGAAAGGGACAAGUUCUCACAGUUAGCAUGGAUGCAGACAAAAUUAUUCCGUAUAUAACAAAUGUCUUACAAAACCCUGAUCUGGCAUUAACGAUUUCAGUACGCUGCAACUUAGGUGGAGCAGAAGAUCUCUUUGUCAAAAAAUUUGAUAAUUUGUAUAACCGAGGAAAUUUCCCAGAAGCUGCCAAAGUGGCAGCAAAUGCCCCUAAGGGUAUUUUACGAACUCCACAAACAAUACAAAAAUUCCAACAAACACCUACUCAACCAGGGUCCACACCACCACUAUUACAAUACUUUGGAAUUUUACUAGAACAAGGACAAUUGAAUAAAUUUGAAUCUCUUGAGCUAUGCAGACCAGUUCUUCAACAAGGCAGAAAACAGUUACUCGAAAAGUGGUUAAAAGAAGAAAAGCUUGAAUGCAGUGAAGAAUUAGGCGAUUUAGUGAAACAAGUAGACCCAACAAUGGCUCUAUCAGUAUAUCUGAGAGCUAACGUUCCUCAUAAGGUGGUUCAAUGCUUCGCUGAAACUGGUCAGUACCAAAAGAUCGUGCUGUACUCGAAAAAAGUCAAUUACCAACCUGACUAUAUCUUCUUGUUGCGCGGUAUUAUGAGAAUGAAUCCUGAACAAGGCGCACAAUUUGCUAAAUUACUCGUCGAAGAUGACGAACCGCUAGCAGACUUAAAUCUGGUCGUAGAUGUCUUCAUGGAAACAAAUAUGGUCCAGCAGUGUACGUCUUUCCUUUUGGACGCAUUAAAAAAUAACCGUGAAGAGGAAGGUCCCUUACAAACACGUUUGCUAGAAAUGAACUUAAUGUCCGCUCCACAAGUUGCUGAUGCCAUUUUGGGCAAGCACAUGUUUACACACUUUGAUCAAGCUCACGUAGCACAACUAUGCGAAAAUGCUGGAUUACUUCAGCGUGCUUUAGAAUUGUACACCGAUAUAUAUGACAUCAAAAGAGCCGUUGUGCACACUCACAUGUUAAAUCCAGAAUGGUUGGUAACAUAUUUUGGUUCACUCUCUGUUGAAGAUUCCAUGGAAUGCUUAAAAUCUAUGUUAGUAGUUAAUUUACGGCAGAAUCUACAAGUCUGUGUUCAAAUAGCUACGAAAUACCACGAGCAAUUAUCAACUGAUGCUUUAAUCGAUCUCUUUGAAGGCUUUAAAUGUUACGAAGGUCUCUUUUAUUUCUUGGCCUCUAUUGUUAACUUUAGUCAGGAAGCAGAUGUGCAUUUUAAAUAUAUUCAGGCUGCAUGUAAGACUGGUCAAAUUAAAGAGGUGGAACGAAUUUGUCGAGAGAGUAGUUGUUAUGAUCCCGAAACCGUAAAAAAUUUCUUAAAGGAUGCUAAGCUAACCGAUCAACUGCCAUUAAUAAUUGUCUGUGAUCGUUUUGACUUUGUCCAUGACUUGGUGCUCUACUUGUAUCGAAAUAACUUGCAAAAAUAUAUUGAAAUCUAUGUUCAAAAGGUUAAUCCAGGUCGCCUUCCUGUGGUUGUUGGUGGUUUACUAGAUGUUGACUGUGGCGAAGAUAUCAUCAAAAGUCUUAUAAUGAGUGUUAGAGGGCAAUUUGACACCAAUGAAUUGGUUGCUGAAGUUGAAAAACGCAAUAGAUUGAAACUAUUACUUCCUUGGUUAGAAGCACGUAUUCAUGACGGAUCGACAGAACCUGCCACUCAUAAUGCUCUAGCAAAGAUCUAUAUUGAUAGCAACAACAAUCCAGAACGUUUCUUGAGAGAAAAUCAAUACUAUGAAAGUCUUGUUGUAGGAAAAUAUUGCGAAAAGCGAGAUCCUCAUCUGGCAUGUGUAUCAUACGAACGUGGCCUUUGUGAUGAUGAACUUAUCAAGGUUUGUAACGAAAAUUCGCUGUUCAAAAGCGAAGCACGCUAUCUUGUAAAACGUCGCGAAUCAGAACUUUGGGCGAAAGUCCUUGUGGAAGAGAAUGAAUAUAGACGCCAACUCAUUGAUCAAGUUGUCCAAACCGCUCUUUCGGAAACUCAAGAUGCUGAUGAUGUUUCCGUUACUGUUAAAGCGUUUAUGACAGCUAAUCUCCCCAACGAAUUGAUUGAAUUGCUUGAGAAGAUUGUAUUAGAUAAUUCUGUUUUCAGCGAUCAUAGAAACCUCCAAAAUCUAUUGAUUUUAACAGCUAUCAAAGCAGAUCGUUCAAGAGUUAUGGAAUAUAUCAAUAGGCUAGACAACUACGAUGCUCCUGAUAUUGCCAAUAUUGCAAUCACGAAUGAGCUGUACGAAGAAGCAUUUGCAAUCUUUAAGAAGUUUGAAGUUAAUACGUCGGCUAUUCAAGUAUUGAUUGAAAAUGUGCAAAAUCUUGAUCGUGCUUACGAAUUCGCUGAACGUUGCAAUGAACCAUCUGUAUGGAGUCUCUUAGCAAAAGCGCAAUUAGAUGCCACACUCAUCAAGGAAGCUAUUGAUUCUUAUAUCAAAGCUGAGGAUCCAUCAACUUACAUGGAUGUUGUUGAUGCUGCUAGUAAAUCCGGCAAUUACGAAGAUUUGGUGCGUUACUUACAAAUGGCUAGAAAGAAUGCUCGUGAUCCGUAUGUCGAAACGGAGCUUGUUUAUGCGUAUGCAAAAACCAACCGUCUUGCUGAAUUGGAAGAAUUUAUUUCUGGUCCAAAUCACGCUCAAAUCCAACAAGUUGGCGAUCGUUGCUAUGACGACAAAUUAUUCGAAGCUGCAAAACUAUUAUACAAUAAUGUCUCAAAUUUUGCUCGACUUGCCUCUACUUUGGUUCAUCUUGGAGAAUAUCAGGCCGCUGUUGAUGGCGCAAGAAAGGCCAAUAGCACGAGAACCUGGAAAGAAGUUUGCUUUGCUUGUAUCGAUGGUCAAGAAUUUAGAUUGGCCCAGAUGUGUGGUCUGCAUAUCGUUGUGCACGCUGAUGAAUUAGAAGAAUUAAUUCAUUAUUAUCAGGAUCGUGGCUUCUUUGAGGAACUAAUGGCACUCUUGGAGGCUGCGCUUGGAUUAGAACGCGCUCAUAUGGGUAUGUUUACUGAAUUAGCUAUUCUGUAUUCUAAAUACAAGCCAUCGAAAAUGCGUGAACAUCUAGAACUCUUCUGGUCUCGCGUUAAUAUUCCGAAAGUACUUCGUGCUGCUGAACAAGCCCACUUGUGGCCAGAAUUGGUCUUCCUGUACGAUAAAUACGAAGAAUUUGACAAUGCAAUCUUAACUAUGAUGGCCCAUCCGACAGAAUCAUGGCGCGAAAGCAUGUUUAAAGAUAUUAUUACUAAAGUCGCUAACAUAGAAUUGUAUUACAAGGCUUUGCAAUUCUACCUAGAUUUUAGACCUAUGUUAUUGAAUGAUUUACUUGUGGUGUUGACUCCACGACUGGACCACACUCGAGCGGUCAGUUAUUUUACGAAAGUAAAGCAUCUUCAUCUUGUUAAGCCAUAUUUGCGCUCAGUCCAAAACAACAACAAUAAAACUGUUAACGAAGCUUUGAAUAGUGUUUUAAUUGAAGAAGAAGAUUAUAACGGUUUACGUACAUCUAUCGAUGCGUACGAUAAUUUGGACAAUGUUGCCUUAGCUCAACAAUUAGAAAAACAUGAACUUCUUGAGUUCCGAAGAAUUGCUGCGUAUCUUUACAAAGGCAACAACAGAUGGAGUCAGUCUGUUGAAUUGUGCAAGAAAGAUAAAUUGUUCAAGGACGCGAUGCAAUAUACAUCAGAUUCGCGUAAGCAGGAGCUGGCAGAAAGCCUCAUCGCUUGGUUUUUGGAAAAUGACUAUCAGGAAUGUUUUGCAUCUUGUUUGUUUGUUUGCUAUGAUUUACUCCGCCCUGACGUUAUAUUAGAAUUAUCCUGGAGGCAUAAUUUACUUGAUUAUGCUAUGCCAUUUUUAAUUCAAGUAAUGCGUGAAUAUAUUUCAAAGGUUGAUAAAUUGGCGCUUUCUGAGGAAGAGCGUAAAGUAGUAGAGGAAUCCACUAGCGAUACACAGCCUAUUGUGUUUGAUAAACAAUUGAUGAUUACUGCUGGACCUGCACCUGCACCUCAACCACCGCAGCAAAUGAUGGGUGGAAUGGGCUCUGCCCCUGGCAUGAUGAUGAAUAUGCAACCACAGCCUCAGCCACCUUUCGGAGCAGGAUAUGGUGGAGGCUUCAAUUCAAUGUAG